AUGUGGAUUACGUGGUUCGUGGCCACCGCUUGUGCGGCACUGUCCAUGCGGGGCGCGCACUCCAACGCCGGGCUGACUAGCACUUCGUUCAGCAACGAGCUGCGCACCGGUUUCGCCAGGCUGUUCCAAAACGGCAUCGAACAGCCACUGCAGCAAUCCCCGUUCGUGCUGCUCAACCCCGCCGAGUUCCAGCCCGGCCCCGGUCAGCUUGUGCAGAGACCCGCACCGUUCAGCCCGCUGGCGAGCACGGGAUACCAGUUACCGCGACCUAGGUACGAGUUGCAGCAUCUGUCGUGGGUGAUUCCUUAUUAUUAUGUCCCUACCAGGUACCUGCCGCCGAGGGGUGGCAAGCGGCCCAACGACGUGCUGGUGAUCGUCGUCAAGACCAGAUCGAAUUGCACGGCCCCCGCGGCCAACGGGACAGCACCCGCUGACGGUGACAACGACGGUGACGAUGUAGACGACGGUAUCGACGACGACGGACCGAAUCCGGACGACGACGUCGAAGAAGUGACCAUCGUGGCUGGAGGCACGGAGAAGGGCAAGGAACCGUCCCGGUGCGUGUGGGCCAUCCUGUCGUGCUGCGCCCCGUCCAACACGCCCAUCCGGUACACAUGUUUCGACGUGUUGGGCUGCAGCACCGCGUUCUGGGACACCAACCCGUGCGUUCCGGCCAUCAUCAAGACCGCUUUGGACCAGGCCACCCAGUUCUACGGCACGGGCAUGUCCACCAACCGCACGGCCACGCCCGUGCCCACGCCGCCGGCCGUCCCGGCAGCGGCCUCUACCGACAACGUGGCCUCACUGAUGACCGGCACGUCCGCGGCGGCCGCUUCGCCGGUGGACCAGACCACGCCGGCGGCCACCACCACCGCCGCUUAG